CAGAAAAUGAAACAAGACCGACGCCUUGUAUUGAACUCUUUGUUCUAGACAGCACGGACUCUUUAAGGCACACGUCGACCUAAUAAUAGGCUCCGAUCAUGCAGAAAAAACAAAAGAACAAAGAAACAAAAGAGCACUUCGCUUAGCCGUCGGUUAAGGGGGAACGAUAGCCGAAGCGAAAGCACCCGCAUUAUCAUCGCCUUUUCCUCUGUCGAGUCUUCUUUCUCAGCCCAAAGGUCUGGUUCAGAAUGCGGUUGAUGGUGACUGAUGAUACUACAACCUUGAGUUAUUGGUUAAAUUGGAGGGUCUUACUCUGUGCAAUAUUGGUAUUGACACCAAUGGCAGUAGCAUUCUAUCUUAUAUGGAAAUAUGAACGUCCGACAAAAGAUUCAUGCUCCGACAGAGAAGCGUUGCAUGAUGAGAGAUCCAGGAUUUUGUGGAAUGAUGAAGCUUGGAGGCCAUGUUUAAAGGAAAUUCCCCCGAGUUUUUUGAUGGUCUAUCGGGUUAUCGCAUUCUGUCUGCUCUUAGUGGCCCUUAGUUUUGAUGUUGCAGUUCACGGUGGUGAAUUAUUUUACUAUUAUACUCAGUGGACUUUUACGUUAGUUACCAUAUAUUUUGGGCUUGGAUCUGUGCUGUCACUCUAUGGAUUUUGUAAGGAUAACAGAAUGAACAACAAGGUUAAUGAUCGUAUCGUUGAAGACACAGAGAAGGGCUUAUAUAUGCCACUUGCAUGCGAGGGAACUUCAAAUGGAAAAGUGGGUGGAAACUUGGAUUACAAAGGGAAAUCAAACACUCCAUGCAGUGCUGCCCUCUGGUGUAACCUAUUUCAGAUUUUAUUUCAGAUGACAGCAGGGGCGGUGAUGCUUACUGAUUCUGUUUACUGGGUCGUUAUUUUCCCAUUUCUUAGCAUCGAAGAUUAUGAGAUGAGUUUGUUGACAGUCCUUGCCCAUUCACUUAAUCUGAUCUUGCUUCUUGGGGACACAGCUUUAAAUUCCUUGCAUUUUCCGUGGUUCCGGAAUUCUUACUUCAUAUUGUGGACGGGUAUUUAUGUCAUCUUCGAGUGGACCAUUCAUGCUUGUUUACCAUUGUGGUGGCCAUACCCAUUUCUUGACCUCUCCGCACGAUAUGCUCCAAUAUGGUAUUUGUUGGCGGCAGUACUGCAUGUCCCAUGCUAUAGUAUUUUUGCAUUGAUCGUUAAAUUAAAAGAGUAUGCCCUGUCUAGAUGGUAUUCGCAAUCUUAUUGGUGUCAGAGAUGAGACCUUGAUAUUAGGAUGUGUUGUUUUAAAUCACAUACCCACACCAUCAACAUUUUGUCUGUUGAAGUUGCUUUAAGGGCAUAGCAGAGGCGGCUUGCUCAUUUGGAAGGUUUAAUCGGAGAACUGAGGAAUUGCGAGAGGGAGGACAGCUAAAUAGGGAUCAUUGCUGAUUUUAAGUCCAUCUGAUCUGGAUGACAUGGCAAAUAAAAGUGGUCAUUGAAGAAUUUCUUUUUAUGUCUUCUUGUUGAUUGUAUGGGCUCAAGUCCCAGUUUUUAUUUUAAUACGUGUACAUCAUUUUUUGUCCAAAAACUGGGUAUACGCCCUGGUUUGCACAGAUAUUGCGGCAAAUAUAUCAAAUCUUCAACAAAA